AUGCAGCAGCGCGCCACGCUCGCCCUGCUGCUCUGCGCGCUGGUGGGCGGGGCGGCCGCCACCAAGGGGCCACUCAUUUCGGGCAUCCGCGAGCACCACGAGGCCAAGAUCUCCGGCCUGCGCACCAAGUUCUUCUCCAAGCACGCCUGGCUGGUGCCCGAGGUGCCGGCGGUGUCGGGCGCGCCCGGCACCAUCCUCACACCCACCGUCACCCCCGCCGAGUGCCUGAGCGUGGCCGAGGUGGCCCAGGCCGCAGGCAACUUCUCCACCCUGCUCGCCGCCGCCCAGGCCGCCGGCCUGGCCCCCGCCCUGUCCGACCGCAGCCUGCAGGCCACCGUGUUUGCCCCCACUGACGAGGCCUUUGCCACCGCCCUGGAGGCACUGGACGUCACCCCCGCCCAGCUGCUGGCACAGCCCGAGCUGCUGCAGGCGAUCCUCAAGUACCACGUUGUGCCCGGCCAGGCCCUCACCUCCUCCCAGCUCAAGACCGCCCAGGAGCUGCCCACCCUGCUGGCCGCUGACCUGGAGGCCGCCGCCGAGGCCGAGCCCACCGCCUCCUGGAUGCACAAGGGCAAGGAGGCCAAGGAGGAGCCCGAGGACGGCGUGCUGAGCAUCGCCAUCCAGCAGGUGUACGGCCUGCACCCCAAGUCUGCCAGCCGCCGCAUCAACGUGGUGGGCUCCCUGUCCAGCGCCGAGGUGGUGGUGCCCGACGUCAACGCCGGCUGCCCCGCUGUGGUGCACGUGAUCGACAACGUGCUGCUGCCAGACCUGGCUGAGGAGGAGGCGGAGGUGGAGGUGGAGGGGCAGGAGGCCAGCGGCAUGUUUGGCAGCCUGCUCAAGCUGUGGGGCGGCAUGUAG